AUCAUAAGAUUUUUAUUUCUUUAUUUUCCCACAAAGGAAACCAAAUAAACAGAGCACAGAGUCUUUGACCAGAAAAAAAAACAGAGCACACCCAUAUAUAUAUAUUAAAGACAUUCAACGUUUCUCUGAAAGUAUUCAUUCUGAUGGAGCUUGAUAGCGGCCGCGGCGUGGAAAAUAACAUCAAGGAGAAGUUUGGUUCCUCAUCGACUUCUUCUUCUUAUUCCAUCGGCGUGAACAGCGACGAUGAAAGCGGGGACAAUGAAGCUGAGUCUCCUUACAAGGGUCCUCUUGAUAUGAUGGAAUCUCUCGAAGAGGUUUUACCAAUGAGGAGAGGCAUAUCGAAGUUCUACAAGGGAAAAUCAAAGUCUUUCAGGAGCUUAACGGAAACUGAAUCCUCUCCGAUGAAAGAUUUAGGGACACCAGAGAACCUUUACAGUCGCCGUCGGAGAAACCUUCUCAGUCACCGGCUUUGUAGCCGAGGUGGGAUCUCGAAGAAACCCGUCAAGACUGCUGCCUUUACGGUGGUCUCUUUCUCCGGCGAUGAUUCGCCUAAAGCCCCUCCUCUUUCGAAGAGAAAUCUCCAGCCGUUGCAGAGCAAAGAGUGUUCUGGUAAUUGUGUUCCCGUUGUUGUUUCGCCGCGUUGCUUCCAGUCGGUGGCGAAUAGAGACAUCCAUAAUAUUAUUUGUUAGAAUAUUUACUAUAUCGAUUUUGGCUAAGUGAGUUUUGAUUUGAAAUAAAAAAAAAUUGUUACAGUUUAAUUGGUCAAUGACUUUUAUUUUUAGUUAUUGUAAACAAGUUUUAAAAAGUAAUCUGGAAAAUCAUUGGUCCACUAAUUUGACUAAA